AUGGCUGAUAUACGCCAAUUUGGAUAUAGGUUGGUGCAGAAUGCCCUCAGCCCGGAGCAGAUUCAGACAUUGAAAUCAGCAGUCGAGCAACAAGGUCGCGGGGAGGCUGAGGCUGGUGUGGCGAAGAAAGAUGGGGGCCCGCACGCCCCUAACCAGCGCAUAUGGUCACUCAUCAACAAGGGAAAGGAGUUUCAUGACCUCCUUGAACAUCCACUUGUCGAUGAGGUGGUCCCCGAGCUGCUUGGUGACCAUGCUCUUCUUCACAGCUACAGCGCCAACAUUGCCCGGCCAGGAAAUGUCCCUAUGAUGCUUCACACCGAUCAGGUAGCCAUACAACCUCCACUGAGGAGCCUCUUUUAUGGUCUGAACAUCAUGUGGUUUUUAACCGACAUUACCAGAGAAAACGGCGGCACACGAAUUUUCCCAGGAAGCCAUGUUGGUGACGUUGCACCCGAUGACCCUUUCAAUAUUGACGGAACCGUUGCAGCCGAAGGACCUGCUGGAACCGCCUUGGUAUUUGAGAGCCGUCUAUGGUAUGCCACAGGGCCUAACGAGAUGACCACGGGUGAACGUCCCGUUAUACUCAUGUUCUUCAUGAGGUCUUUCAUCCGCCAGCAAGAGAAUAAUUUCCUGUCAAUAAGGCCUGAAGUAGAGGCAACAAUGUCUGAUAAAGUGCGGAGGCUUUUGGGAUAUUGCACUACCGGAGCGCUGGGAGGUGUGGAGGGUGAAGUACGAGAGGGUAUCUAUGUGGAAAGGGUGAAUAAUCCAAUUGGGCCUUUCAGGGACACACACAAGCAUACACCGUACAGACAAGGCUUGUACACUGCUGGGUAA